ACUGUUUAUUCCGACAAUUCUUUGUUUUCGUUUGUUGAGUCGCGUUGUUUGUAAAGCAAAAUAGUUUAUGAAAAUAAAUAAAUAUUACUUUCGAUAGUGCCGUUUUUGUGUAAACAUGUCGGGUUGUGAUGCACAGAAACCAGAAUCGUCAAAGGAUAAUAUCUCCACGACCUCUAUAGACGAGGGCCUUCCGCGAGAACUAAGCCAAUUAAGUCUAUCGAGUGCUUCGAGCCAGGAUGAGUUCCAUCGUGAUAAAGGACAUUCCGAAAAUACGCUAAAAAAUCUAUACCAAUACUUUCAGGCACAAAAAUUGUGUGAUGUAGCCCUUAUAGCUGGUGGAUGCAGAAUCCCAGCACACAAAGUAAUGCUAGCAUCAUGCAGUGAGUAUUUUGCAGCAAUGUUUACGGGCUCACUGAGAGAAGCUCAGCUGACAGAAAUAACUCUGGAGAGGGUUGACUCACAAGCCUUACAAGCUCUUGUUCGCUAUUGUUAUACUGGCACUAUUGAAUUGAGAGAGGAAACUGUAGAAGUCCUUCUUUCCACAUCCAGUUUACUCCAGUUGAAUUCGGUAAUGGAUGCAUGUUGUGCUUUCUUAAAAAAACAACUGGAUCCAUGUAAUUGCUUAGGAAUAGCGUUUUUUGCUGAACAGCAGUCCUGUAUGAACCUCCACAAAAGUGCUAUGGAAUAUACAUAUCAACAUUUUAUGCAGGUUGUAAAGCAUCAAGAGUUUUUGUCUUUGCAAGUAGAUCAAUUAGCCAAUUUACUGAAAUCUGAUGAUCUCAAUGUGGUGACUGAGGAGAAUGUGUUUGAGAGUCUCAUGACGUGGGUGCAGCAUGACAGUGAAAAUAGGGAGCAGCACUUACCUACUUUGCUUAAACUGAUAAAGCUGCCAUUGCUUUCUUCCGAGUAUCUCAUAGACAAAGUAGAGCUGGCCUGUGGUAAUGUCCCUGAUUGCCAGCCUUUGAUCAUGGAAGCUGUAAAGUGGCACCUCUUACCUGAACGGAGGUCCUUUUUGUUCUCACAUAGAACAAGGCCAAGGACCUCGACUAUUGGGCGCCUUUUAGCGAUUGGCGGCAUGGAUGGAUAUAAGGGUGCAAGUAAUAUGGAAAUGUAUGAUCCAAGAACCAACUCUUGGACACCCUUCAUGCGAAUGGGAGCGAGGCGGUUACAAUUUGGCGUCGCAGUGAUGCAAAAUAAGCUAAUCGUUGUCGGAGGAAGGGAUGGUCUGAAAACUUUAAAUACGGUGGAAUGUUUUGAUCUCACGUCGCUAAGCUGGAGCACACUAGCGCCAAUGAACACACACCGUCACGGGCUGGGGGUGGCCGUGCUAGGUGACGGACCCAACGCCCCGGUGUACGCCGUCGGCGGCCAUGAUGGAUGGAUAUAUCUCAACUCCGUUGAACGUUGGGACGCGUGCUCGCGCACGUGGACGAUAGUGUCGCCGAUGGCGGGCGCGCGCAGCACGUGCGGCGUGGCGGCGCUGCGCGGGCGCCUGUACGCGGCAGGCGGCCGCGACGGCGGCGCCUGUCUGCGCUCCGUCGAGUGCUACGACCCCAACACCAACCACUGGACCAACUGCGCGCCCAUGACCAGGCGAAGGGGCGGAGUCAGCGUAUGCGCCGCGGGCGGCUACCUAUACGCGUUAGGCGGGCACGAGGCGCCCGCGAACACUGUGGGCGGACGGCUGGCCUGCGUGGAGCGCUACGACCCCGUCGCGGACGUGUGGGUGCUGCUGGCGCGGCUGUCACUCGGACGGGACGCCAUCGGCUCAUGUCUGCUGGGCGACAGGAUCGUGGCUGUCGGUGGGUACGAUGGCGUGCAAUACCUCUGCGUAGUGGAAGUAUACGAUGCAGAGUCCAACAGCUGGCGAAAGCUGGCGCCACUGAGCACGGGCCGCGCGGGCGCCGCCGUCGUUGCCGUGCCGCCGCCCCGCAACCUCUUCUGAUACUUCCACAAUGACCAGUGUGAGGUCUACAUAAUAGGCUGAGCGCACUGGCUGGAAAUAUUUUAAAUGACGUGAGAUUCGAAUUUAGAUUUCGAACACCACGCUCCUAUUUUGACAUUUCUGCGCUGUAACGAAUCCGCUUAUUCACCCCCAAUAUUGCCACUGAUUUAAGGCCGUGUGUAGGCCAAAGGCCACGGAAUCUCUUCUGAUACUUCCACAACGACCAGUCUACAUUAUAGGCUGAUCGCAUUGGCUGGAAAUUUCUGUUGUGUGGUUCGAAUUUAGAUUUCGAACAGCACACGCUUCUGUGUUUUAAACCAAUUUUAGGUACUUAAAUAGGUAAUUCGACUGCCUAUAGAUAUUACGUACCUUACGUACUUUGUUUUUGCGUGAUCAAUCGUGAUGAUUUAAAUUUUGAAUAUUAGCGAUAUCUAUUUACCCAUUGAAUCGCUUCGGCCACAAUGCAGGCUAUUGUCGUUUAUGUUGUGCGCAUGUCCCGCGCACAUGCGAAUUCGCUAUUCGCUAGUGUUAGCAACUUCAGUUAUUCAUAAAGUAGUAAAUUGCAACUAAUUAAUCUGGCGACUACUGGAAAUUACACAUACAUAUAUUCGCGUAGGUGCCACUAUGUAUAAUACUUAAGGCAACCUCGCUUUCUCAAAUUGCUUAUAUGGGUAGAGUAAUUAUUUGCUGACCCCAGUUUUACAUCUAUGUAUUGUAUGUAACCAUGUAUGUUAACGUAUAGCAUCCGUAUUUUAGCAUUUCUUAAAAACUAAACUUUGAUAUAACAAAGGUAACAUAUAUAAUGAUAUGUUUAAACGGAAUUUAACUAAAUAUUGAGUGCCAAAUAUAGCAGCAUUUAGAAAUGUAUUAAGUAAUUGGUUUGUUAAAAAUUAUAUAAUUACCUAAACUCAAUUCGGAAUUAAUAUUAGAAUUCAUAUCAUUGAGAAAAACUGAGAGUUCUUAAAUAUACAGUACAGUUAGGUUUCAGCUGAAGUUAGUGCUUACUUAUCCACUAAAGAUAAUGUAACCUUCCAAUAAAACACAUUAUUCUUUUUAGCAUGCGGUAUGUACUUACACGAUGUGAUUCGCAACGCAACAUCUUUUAAAAUAUUGAUAUUUGAUCUCAUUAAGACUUAAUGUUAUAUGAACUUUAGUCUAGCUUUUUAUAACAAACAAACAUAUAUGUAUAUGUAAUGUAAUAUUAAUGUUUCGUGCACUACACUAUUUUAGAGACUGUUAGCAAUUAUCGUAUAAACCAGUGCAUAUUUUCAUAAGAGAAAAUAAUACCUACUAAAAAAAUAGGUGGUAUAUUUUUUCUCAUGUUGCAUAAAAUCCAAUUGAAGAAAUUAGUUUAUUUUUAUUAUGAAGAAUGGUGUACAUUAGUAAUUUGUGAUGUUUGUAAAUGACUGUAUAGAAAAUUGAAGUCCCCUGCAAUAUUUUUAGAGGCUAUAUUUUUGUAUUUUAAGAACAAAUAGGUACAUUAACUGAGAAAAACUUCAAGGUAUUUUUUCACAUCACCUAUGAUGUGAAAAAUGCUCUAUAUUAUCAUUAUUAAUCUAUAUUAAUAAGUUUUAAAUUUUGACUUUUCAGUUAAUUUAUUUCCAAAUGCAUUUUUGGGGGGACGAACCUGUGAUGUUAGUGCUAGGAGACCCGCUAGAUGUGAGAAAAUUAUUAGAAAUGUGAUUAUAACUCAACCUUUUAUAUGUACUUAGAUCUAAAGAUGUAGCUGUAUAUUAAAGUUAGUAAAUGGAUAGAUUAGAAACAUCAGCUUUUCAGAUUGUACUAUUUGAUGUUUAUAUUUGAUUAUUUUUCUGUAAGAAUAAAUCAUAUAUUUCCUGAAA